GAACCCUGCACAUCAUACACUCCUGAACCCUGCACAUCAUACACUCCUGAACCCUGCACAUCAUACACUCCUGAACCCUGCACAUCAUACACUCCUGAACACUGCACAUCAUACACUCCUGAACCCUGCACAUCAUACACUGCUGAACACUGCACAUCAUACACUCCUGAACCCUGCACAUCAUACACUGCUGAACCCUGCACAUCAUACAAUCCUGAACCCUGCACAUCAUACACUGCUGAACCCUGCACAUUAUACAAUCCUGAACGCUGCACAUCAUACACUCCUGAACCCUGCACAUCAUACACUCCUGAACCCUGCACAUCAUACACACCUGAACCCUGCACAUCAUACACUCCUGAACCCUGCACAUCAUACACCCCUGAACCCUGCACAUCAUACACUGCUGAACCCUGCAAUCAUACACUCCUGAACCCUGCACAUCAUACACUGCUGAACCCUGCACAUCAUACACUGCUGAACCCUGCACAUCAUACACUCCUGAAUCCUGCACAUCAUACACUCCUGAACCCUGCACAUCAUACACUCCUGAACCCUGCACAUCAUACACUGCUGAACCCUGCACAUCAUACACUGCUGAAACCUGCACAUCAUACACUGCUGAACCCUGCACAUCAUAUACUCCUGAACCCUGCACAUCAUACACUGCUGAAACCUGCACAUCAUACACUGCUGAACCCUGCACAUCAUACACUGCUGAACCCUGCACAUCAUACACUGCUGAAACCUGCACAUCAUACACACCUGAACCCUGCUCAUCUUACACUCCUGAACCCUGCACAUCAUACACUCCUGAACCCUGCACAUCAUACACUCCUGAACCUUGCACAUCAUACACUGCUGAACCCUGCACAUCAAACACUCCUGAACCCUGCAAAUCAUACACUCCUGAACCCUGAACAAUGA